CUGACAUUACGACUUUCCUCCUUCCCGGGCGAGUUAGUUGCAAGCAGUUGGCAGGCGAGCGGCCGAGCGCUUGUUCAGCGGUUUCGCUGCCGCUCCGGCCUGCUGCUGCUCCUCCCAGGGCGCAGCCAUGAGGCGACCCCGCGUGCCCGACUCGGCGCAGUAAAGUUCGCUCAGGAUGGAGCUGCCCGGCUCUUCGCUGCAGAAGGCUUGCCGCCUGCUUGUGGUCUUCUGUGCCCUCCACCUCUCGGCUGUGCUCUUCUACUACCUGAGGGGCAACACGGUCGGUCACAGUCGGAGCCCGGAGCCGCCGCCUCGCAGCCAAACCUUCGGCCGUCGGGAGUCGGAGACCCUCCUCCCGCCCAAUAUCUCCAAGCCCGUCGCGGAUUGCCCCGACCCUUCCCCUUUGCUGCUUGGUCCACUGCGUGUGGAGUUUUCACAAACUGUAAAUCUGAAGAAUGUGGAGAAGGAAAAUCCAGAACUCAGGGAAGGAGGCCGCUAUACACCUAAGGACUGCAAAGCACUUCAGAAAGUGGCAAUUAUUAUCCCUUUCAGAAAUCGAGAUGAACACUUGAAAUACUGGUUGUUUUACCUGCAUCCAAUCCUGCAAAGGCAGCAGCUUGAUUAUGGUGUCUAUGUGAUUAAUCAGGAUGGAGAAGAAACAUUUAAUCGUGCAAAGCUUCUGAAUGUAGGCUUCACAGAAGCUUUGAAAGAAUAUGAUUAUGACUGCUUUGUAUUUAGUGAUGUUGACCUAAUCCCGAUGGAUGACAGGAAUAUCUACAAGUGUUACGACCAGCCCAGGCACCUCUCUGUAUCUAUGGAUAAAUUUGGAUUUCGCUUACCUUACAAUCAGUAUUUUGGAGGUGUGUCUGCUUUAAGUAAGGAGCAAUUCCAAAAAAUAAAUGGGUUUCCCAAUAAUUAUUGGGGCUGGGGUGGUGAAGAUGAUGACAUUUAUAACAGAUUGGUUUUUAAAGGCAUGGGGAUUUCCCGCCCAGAUGCUACAAUUGGAAAAUGUCGAAUGAUUCGCCACAUGAGAGAUACUAAAAAUGAGCCCAAUCCACAGAGGUUUAACAAAAUUGCUCAUACAAAGGAAACAAUGAAAUCUGAUGGCCUAAACUCUCUGACUUACACCGUAAAAAAAACUGAUAAAUUUCAACUAUAUACAAAAAUCACAGUGGAUAUUGGAUCACCAAAAAGCUAGUGUGGCCAAAAUGCAAUAGAAGACUUGGAAUACCCGGCCAGUGACAAUUCAACUUUUCAGCAUUUUAUAAAUGAUUUUAUGCAAUCAACUUGGAAGAAGGACACCUGUUUUGUCAUCCUGAGAUCUUGCAAUUGGCAGGACAAAUGAGAAUUUUAACCUCAAAUUUUGCUGUAUAUUUUUUUUUCAUUUUUAAAAAACUUUAUAAACCAUAAAUAGAAAUUGUAAAUAUAUGAAUUUUCAGGGAAUGGUUGGAGAUUUAGGUGCUCAAUCCCCUUGGAAGGUCUCCCAUGCAAGUGUCACAAAAAAGAAUGAAAGUUGUAUUGAAGCAUCCUUUUUUUUUCUUUCCAAAAAGCUCUCUUUUAUGUCAGGAAGCUAACCUAAGAAGGAUUCCUAGUGGAUACAGGCCUAUAUAUUUAAUGGGCAUUCUCUCCACUUUAAAUAAUGGGGGUCACAAUUUGGGAACAUUAUUGUUUCCAAAUUGUGAGGUGUUCUGCAGUGGUAAGUCAUUUCCUUUUCUUCCUGUUCUUUUCCCAAUUUAAUUUAAAAAUUAGAUCACUGUAUGAAAAUUCACUGCUGUGGUUACAGAUGGAAGGAUUGGAAAAUGCUGCUAAAGUGGUUUGAAUUUACAUACUUUGAUUUAUUUUCCCAGAAUAUUGUCAAAAUUGUUCCUUCUUGUCUAUAAUCUUCCAAGAAAAGGAGCUAGAAACUUCAAAACAAACAGCUUUGCAUUCUGUUCUGCUGGCAUGGAGAUUUAAAUAAUGCAGGCCUCUUUGCCCCAAAGUGUAUCUGCAAGCCAAAAUCUUGAAACCACGGUGCUUGCUUUAUAUAACAGGACCAUCAGCCCAAUUAACACACUGGGCUCACUGCACUAUGGGGUGAAAAUGUGAGUGAAACGGUUUGAUCGCAACUAUUUUCAUGCAAAAACCAUUCAUGUUAGGUUGCUAAGAGAAGUUUCCUAAUUUUUGCUGGAUCAAAUUGGGUGAUUGUGGAGAAGUCAGGUUAAAAUAUGCACUAUAACCCAGAUCACGCAGUGUUCCUUCCCUCCUUUCUCCUAUAGAAAGGAGAAAGUGUGCAUCCAAGUCUGACACUCAGGGCAAAUGCAUUGUAGCGUGACCUGCGAAUAACAACUUCAAAGGCACAAGGGAUGCUGAUAGGCAGAAAGCACAGUUCAUGGGUUGGUCCACUGAGGCAGAAUAUUGAUAGACCAGCAAUACAUAAACCUUAGCUUGAUUAUGUGCUGUUACUAUUUGGAAAUGAGCCACUUUCAGAAGUAUUUUAAAAGGACAAAGCCUGUAUGUAAUGCUCAAACAGAUGGCCUGCAUAACAUCUGUUUUGGAAUUAAACUGAACAUCGUAUUUAUUCAUGUGAGAAACAUCUCUGUUCCUGUGGAACACUGAUGGAGUCUCUCCCAAGCUAAUUCUGCAAAAUUGUCCUUGUCUUAAGAACAAGAGCAGGGAAACACGGACAUUUGGCAAGAGUGAGACAGCAUUACUCGCCAACUGACCAGAACUGCUGGGAUUUCCUUGUCCAAUAGGAAGUUAUGCUUCCAAAUUUUCUGUAAAUACAGCUGGUGGAGGGAGCCAUUCGGUUUUCCAGAUAAAUAAAGCAACGUUCUUCCUUAGUUAAAACAUACAGAUGGGGCUCAGCGUUCCAACAAAGUUGAGAGAAAGGAAAAUGGCCUGUUGGGACCAUUGAUUGCCCGAGUUGGUAUGUUUGUGUGAUAUUGGGAUGUAAAGAUUGUGGUAGGAGGGCAGAAAUGAAAGUGGCCCCAGGGACUAGACCCUGUAGUGAAGUAAAACCUUUUGUGGGCAAAAAAUAACCACAACUUCUGGUUGUAAAACAACAUGCUGCUUGCAAAGAAUACGGCCAGGCAGGUGUAAAUGAUAACCUGAAGAUUUAGAGUACACUGACUAGUUUAUUUUUAUGGAAAUGGGGAGGACUUCAUUAACUUUCUUUUAGCUCUACCUGGCAAAAUUGUAGCAGAGAGGUGUGCAAGUAACCAGUAGCAUAAUCUCUAAAAUAAAAAAAUAGUUUCAAUGGAAUUCCUCAGUAAAGCCCAUUCUUGAUACUGCAAAACAAAUCUACCUAAGGACCAGUAUAUUGCCGGAUUGCCUUACAUGUGAAUGGAAAGUUUUAUUUAGUUUUCUUCUGCUCUAAUGCAGUCUUUUUCUUACUGAAGCAUGGCAAAUACUUUGCAAUUCUGGGUUUAUAAAGUGCCUUUUGGUUUUUAAAAUGAUUUGUCAGGAAUGUUUACUAUUGUAAAAGCCUAAAUGUUGCAAAAUGUCAAACAAAGGUAUAUUUUCUCAGUGUUUUGUGUAAAACUUGAAGUCUACUGCUGGAUUUUAUUGUUAAAAAUAUUACAGGGGACUAGGACUGCGGUAACUACAUCAUAAAAUAGCAUGUUAGUACCAUUAAAUUAGCAUAAGUGGCAGUAACAUCAUGUUUUAGCUAGAUUUGAUUUAUAGAAUCAGCCUGCACAAGAAUGUUCGGUUUGCCUUGCAAAUAUAUUCAUCUCCAAAUCCAAAGAAUCA